UUCCUUUGAGAAGUACGACGUAAGACUAAAAUAUGAAUGCUCCGGAGCUCUCGUUGGAUGAACCGCAAUACGCAUCCUUCUUUUGCAUCCUGGGAGCCGUGUGCGCCAUUGUCUUUUCAACAUUGGGAGCCGCCUAUGGAACAGCGAAGGCUUCGGUGGGAAUCUCUUCGAUGUCAAUCAAGCAUCCGCAGCUGAUCAUGAAGGCGAUUGUUCCAGUGGUCAUGGCUGGCAUUAUAGCCAUUUAUGGACUGGUGAUUGCGGUCCUGCUUGCUGGAUCCCUCAGCAGCCCCUAUAGCGCCUACAAGGGUUUCCUAAACCUCAGUGCUGGACUGGCGGUGGGAGUCUCUGGGAUGGGAGCUGGUAUUGCUAUUGGUGUGGUGGGUGAAGCUGGAGUUCGUGCAUCUGCCCAGCAGCCAAAACUCUUUGUGGCCAUCAUUCUAAUAUUGAUAUUUGCCGAGGUCUUGGGUCUGUAUGGUCUCAUAGUGGCCAUUUAUUUGUUUUCCAAGUAAAAGGAGUUAUGCCUACCUUAUUAAA